GGAGAGAGAAUCAUUGGCCUUUAUAUCUUUUUUUCUCUCUCAGCCAAGGUUUUUGUUUUUCGAUAUACAUAUUCGGGGGUAAUGCGGUAUUCUUCCAAAAUCCCCGUCAUUGGAGAAGAUAGCCUAUCUGACGCCCGAGCCGGUCCAGGGCAUCUGCAUUCCGAAACUCAAAUACCGUCUUCUCAGUUUGAUCAGCUAAGAUUGGAGCAAAGUACCAUCAGCUGCCCGGCACGCAGUACUAUGCACUAUUCCCCGUUGGAUGUCGCUGCAAGCAAUAUAGCCACGGGUCUCGCCACCCAUUGGCUGCAGCUAUUUGUCAUGAGCUGUUUAGAUCGAAAAGUGGCUCCUAGACUCCAGCCGAUGCAGCAUAUCGAAUAGACAAAACACCUCAAAUUGUUAGAAUUUGGAAUGAGCUGCAGGCGGGCCCGCUCGGUCGUUACGCUGGUGCCUUUGAUUUCGCCGCCCAUUGUAUCAUGCUUGUCUUGUUAGAUGCGGCUAUUGCAUCUCUGCUGGAUUUUGCCGCACGGCUAGCCAUGUGCUGACUCUUGCGGGACUCUCCUCGGUAGAUCAGAAACUCAAAUCAUUUUGCGGGCCUUUGCUAUGAUCCUAGCUUCCGACGGAUAGAUGUUUCCGCGUAUUAUACGCGGAGGCAAAGUAUGUGGAAGCCGGCCAGCUGAAUAUAGACAAGAUACGUAAUAAGCCUCAGAUGCCCCG